GUCAGGAUGAAUCCAGUUUCAUCCUUGCUAUUUUUUUGUUGUCCAUUUCACCCAUACAAAUUUUUAUUCGUCCAUUUGAACCAUGUUUUAAAAAUAUUUGGACAAAUGACCCAUUUUCCGUACAUAUUUCACUACAUUUCUAUUUCAGAUAUUUUGUCAGUCCAUAUUCUAUAAGUACCUUAAUGCUAUCUUUGCAAGGCCAAGGCGCUCAUUCAUUUUCUGUUUACCAAAAACUUUCUUACGAAAUCUUUCUUCAAGGAACAAAUCAAGAAUUUUAAAAGGUUUAAUACAAUGGAUAAGUAGAUCAAGAGAGAGAUAAUCGGUGAAACUCCUUGAUUCAACAAAAUUUUGGUGGUUGAAAAUAAAAUUUUCUCUCCUACCAUGCACAAUUCAACUUCAACUCAAAAUCAAGACCGAUUUUGUCUCCCUACCAUUUCUUCAUUUUUCAACUCCUUAUAAAUAUCGUCUCCUUUAAUGAAACUAAACACCAAGAAAUUUAAAAAAAAAAUGAUUCUUCAACUCUACACCAUUGGUUGAGUAAUGCGACAGCAAACAAUCUAAAGCUAUUAAGUAGAUCCACAAAAAAAAAACCAUUGAUCUGUGGAAUCUUUCUAGAUUUUAUUUAUCUGUGUAGAAUUCUUAAAGAAGCUCUGAAUUUGUUUCAUUCAAUCAAAGAAGUUCACAAUUCCCUGAAGUAGUACAAGAAGAAGAAGGAAUCAAUGGGUCUCAUCCAAUAUAGCUUCUCAUUCCUAGUAGUCUUUCAUGUUAUUUUUAAUGAACCUCGUGGAGCUUAUGGUACCAGAUUUGGCGGUAGCAUUUCUAGUGCUCCAGCACUAGCUCCAGAUACGGCUCCGGCUCCAGAUACUGCUCCACCUUUGGCUCCGGCUCCGGCUCCGGCAACACCAUUGACAGCGGGUGGAGUGUGUGAAUCUAUGGUCAAUAAAGUAGCUGGUUACAAAUGCCAAGAAUUCACUGUGACAACCAAGGAUGGUUACAUUCUUUCCCUUCAGAGGGUCAACAGCGCUAAAGGUAAUCCAAAGACCAAGGAACCAGCCUUCUUGCAGCACGGGUUAUUUAUGGACGGAGCAUCAUGGUUUCUGGAUUCACCGAAACAAUCUCUAGGAUUCAUACUGGCUGAUAAUGGUUACGAUGUUUGGGUCGGUAAUACCAGAGGAACGAGAUAUAGUCGUCGCCAUAAAAACCUUGAUGCAAGUUUUCCUCUUUACUGGGAUUUUUCAUGGGAUGAUAUGGCACUCUCUGACCUUCCAGCUUAUAUUAAUUUCGUGUACAAAAAAACCAAGAAAAAGAUUAACUAUAUUGGACAUUCCCAGGGAACGAUUAUGGCACUCGCAUCAUUCUCUCUGGGGCCUAAAGCUCCUGACGAAAUUCUUACCAAGCUGAAAGCAGCUGCAUUGCUCAGCCCUGUUGCUUAUUUGAGCUAUAUGCUCAACGAAAUGAGUCGGGCUGUUGCUAAACCUUUCCGACAGAGUUUGGAGGCGAGGUCAUGGCAGAAAUCAAUAUGAGCCAACCACAAAUGUCCGCCUAUCUCGGGGCUAUUUGCAAAUCUAUACCUGGGCUGAAUUGUUAUGACUCGGUAUCUAGCUUUACAGUUUCAUAGGAAAAAAUUGCUGCCUCAAUGCUACGUCCUUCGAUAAAUUCAUUGCAAAUUCACCUCAAUCAACUUCAGCGAAGAACAGCAUACAUUUAGCUCAAACGAGUAAUUCAGGGAAAUUUACGAAAUAUAAUUACGGGAUCGGCAACAUUCUAAAAUAUGGACCCAGAUUUAGACGCGAGUUUCUUGGGUUGUUUCUUGAUUUUCCCCGUAUUCUUAAUACGAGAAGCUUCAACCUACGCGAAUAAUCAAGAUAAGAAACAAAGGCAACAAUAUUGUUUAAGUUAAGAGAAAGAAUGUUUCUUACUUCAUUAUUCUGCGAAGAUGACAUAUUAUGUGAUGUCUUGGCCUUCUUAGCAACCUGAAAUCAGAGGAGUAGGAAAAUAAGAAAUAGAGAAAAUAAGGUUAUGAGAAAUUAAUAAUAUUUAUGCGAAGAUGUCAUACCAUCUUCUUAUUCUCAUUCUCGGACAGCACAAAUUUCCAAGGUUGAUAAGCAGAAAGUUUCUUAGGAAGGGGAAGAUCAGAACCAUCAGCAGCUUUGCCAGACACAUAAGGACCUUCUAAAAUUACAGGACAAUUAAGCCACCAUGAAUCAUUAGACCUGCGAGCAGUACUAUUAGAUUUGUCGUUCCAGUCAACAUCUCGCAUAAUUUUCUGGUCUUCAGAACUACCAUCUUUCCUUCUUAAGCGAAUGGCCCAUUUAGUCGAUUCGUUUUUCAUGAUCGCAACAUAGUAGUGUUUUAAGAAAUUAUCAAGAGUGUACUCUGCAGGGUUGAUGGCUUUAUCCCGGUAUGAUACAUUUCGCACUUCAUAGGAAUAAGAGGUUCCUAAUCCUGCUGCAAGACGAUAGUAUGCCAAAGCUAUUCUAAUAGCAUCUCCGCUCAACUGAAAUACACCUCUUGCGAAUCGAUUAUCGGAUAAAAUUUCAUAGAAUAAGGGAAUUUCUGGAUUAUACAAUGGGAUAGGAAGAUUAUUCAAGAGUUGUCCUAAUGAAAUGAUGAUCUUUUGAUUAGACCACUGUUCGGAAUUUACUAACUCAGGAUUGAGUUUGGAUGAAUAAUCAGAAUGGGAAGGAAGAGAAAGUGAAUAACCUCUUGCGUCAAAUUCUUUCUUCAAUUUGGUGAAUUCUGUUUCCAUCUUUUUACCAGCUGGAGCCAUUAUAAGAAUGGGAAUGACGGAUACAUAGGUAAAAAAGACAAAAAAAAAUGUCUUAAUCAGAUCAAUGAAAUCACAGUUAAAGUGCAGAAGAGGAGGAAAAGAAAAGAAGGUAAAAAGAAGAAAGAAGAAGAUGAAAAAAGAUAUAUAAGAAAAAUUUACCCUCGUUUUCCGAGAUUUUAUCUCAUUAACGCGAAGAAUGAAUGGAUAGAAAUAAGCGGUUAUAAGGACGUGUCAGAUAACGAGUGGAUAAAAAGACACGCGUAAGUUAGGAAAUCUCAAAUUCUGGAAAUGUGUCGGCAAACCAGAAUAUGAAAAGUUGUGCAUGUGCGAUAUUAUUGGAUGGAGAUUUCUCAUAUCGCUCACUUUAUAGAGAGAACGACAUGAGAAGAGGCAAAAUGUAGGAGUGAAAUAUCGCAUAUUCCAUAUCUAUGCGAAGUAAAGGUCAUCCAAUGUAAGCGAAGAUCAUCGCAUAUAGUAAAAAUAGGAUGACGUAUUCUAUGAUGUCAGAAUAGUCACGAGUAAAGUGUGAUAAUCUGUGCGAAAGUGUAAAGUGUGCGAGGUUGAGCGAAUGUACAUGAGCGAUUGUAACGCACAGUGAUUCCGAAAAUAGGGGAUCUAUUAGCUGUCAUCCACUAUGUAUCACCCUAUAUAAAGGGAAAGAAACUGUGUAAUGAGGGAUCUUUAGGAUGAGCUUUAGACAAAAAAUUAAGAGAGAGAAAGUUUAUUUGGAGAGCAAGAAAAGUCUUUAUAUUAUCUUGUAUUCAACCUUAAUAUCUUGAUGAAUAAACAAAUGAUUUUCACGAUGA